GGCAGAGGACGAUGAGGAGGAUGCCGAUGAGGAGGAGGAGAAAGGGGUCAAGGAUGUGACCGGUGAUGGGGCAUUUGAUGCAGGUGACUGUGAUGACGUGGACGGCGAUGACGGUGAGCGGGAUGAAACUGACUGUGUCCUGCGUGACUUCCAGUACAAGCUCACAUGCAAGUUCAUGGAGCGUGAGAGGAAUCUGAAGGUUCGGACAGCCACGGUGUGCUUUGAACCAAGCUCUAUCUAUGGCAACCGGACUGGCUAUCACAGCUUGCUACUCAUCACUGCUAAUGACAAGACCAACCAGUUUCAUCGCACCGCGUUUUGGAGGAGUGGCCUUACAACAGGUCGAAAGUUUGCAGCGGGAGCGGUUUGCCACAGUGGGCAGUCAGCCUCGUUCUGUGGGAAUUUGAUUGCGCAGAAGGUCUUUGGCAUGUGUCGCACAGAGCACCUAUCCUUGCCUGGCUUUCCCAACUUUGCUGAGGCCUUGCGGUCCCUGAAGGCAAUGGACAAGGUGUCUUGCCCCAACUAUGAGGUUUGCAUUGCACUUGGCAAUGGCACCCUUGUCAUCAAAGAGGCGUUGGUGGAAUUGUGGUCCAAGAAGCACGCUGAGUUCGCAGCGGAGACAGAAGAGUUGCUGAAGAAUCACAAUGCUGAGUUCAACCGAGAGAACAUCAAAAGAGGACUUGAGAAAUCGAAUGAAUCAGAGACAAAGAAUGAGCCUAUCAAGAAACUAUGCUUGGAAGGCACUUUGGAAAUUGAUGAGUUCGAGAAGCAGCACUCUGACAGGCUGUCACUGCCCUGUGGAACUUUCACUCUUCACUGGUGCAAGGAGAAAGCACUGCUCUACAUCACAGCGGAAAAGGAUUGCACCGCUGCUGCCAACACUGAGCUUUUUGGAAUGGGGAGUGGGGACUUUCUCCAAUCCACUGAAGCGGAGGACGUCAUGAGUGACACAAGCUGUGGUGGGCGCUGGCUGCACUUCAACCUUUCUGGUGGGGGCGAUUCACUUGUCAUCCUAGAUGAUGGGGACAGGAAAGCCCCACCAGAAAGGUUGAAGUGCAGCCAGCGCCCACCACAGCUUGUGUCACUCAUGACGUCCUCCGCUUCAGUGGAUUGGAGAAAGUCCCCACUCCCCAUUCCAAAAAGCUCAGUGUUGGCAGCAGCGGUGCAAUCCUUUUCCGCUGUGAUGUAG